ACUGUGCAGUGUUACUGUUAGUUGUUAGUCUCAGACUCAGUCUCUCAACAAAACCUAUAAUUGCAACUAUUUGUGUGAUCUUUCCCUUACUACCUAAACAUGAAAAUAUAGGUUUCAAUAGGGAGUGUUCCAAGGAUGUGAGCAAUCUCAGCUUCAUAAAGAAUCGAACACCAUUUUAAUGUUUAAAAAAAUAUCAAAGGGAUAGAACUCAAAGAAGACAAAAAAAAUGGAUGGCCUUGUGGAUAAAAUGAAUAAGCCUGGUUCCAAACGUAGCUCAUCACCAGAUGCUUCUGGCAGUCUAUCACCUACAAAGAGACCUAAAUUAAAUUUUCAUAGGGAAAACUUACUGACGAAUGAAGACAAUGCAGCAGUGGCACAAGAGGACUUAUACACAUCUAUACAUAAUGGCCAUGCAAUGUCUCCUGGCUCCCAGGCUAGUGGUGACACCAUUCAAGAUCUAUCUCUGAAUGAGCCAGAUUCAUUAGAAAUGGGUUUUAGCAGUGAUAGCCAGAAUGACACCAGUGUAAUCACAGAUGCUUUGAUGAUGGGAGGCCUUGACAAAGAAAAUAGUAACCUUACUACCACUGAGGGCCUAAUGGCUGAAAGCACUAGCAGCUGGCUUGGUAAUAGUAGUGCUGAGGACUUACUAGAUAGAACUUAUAGCAAAAAUGGUUACAACAGCACAGCCGAGGCCUUUAAAAAUAAAAGCUAUAGCAGCAGCUCAAUAAUGCCUGUGCAUAAUCAGGAAACCUUCAGUGGAGUAGGCAAUGAGGGACUCAAUAAAACUAGUUCCAUUAUUCAAGAUGCUAAAACCAUCUUGUCCAUCUUUGCUGAUGUUGAUUAUAGAAUCAUCAAUAAACUAUUGAUUGACCAUAGAGACCAGGAGGACAGGCUAAAUUUGAUAGCCUCCAAGCUUUCUGAUCCCAAUAAUUUACCUACAUUUCAAGCCGAGUCAGAUAUGGAUAUCUUUGAUGAAGUUCAAUUGUUGAUUGCUGAACACCCUAAUGCAGAUGCCAAUGUUGUUUAUAAUAUACUAGAAUCUCUUCCACCUUCUGCCUCAAGGAUAGAAAAGGCCAUGACACAACUUAAAAAUGAGCUGAAUAAUAAUAACACUUUAAUAGAAACAAGAGCUCCUCUAGUCAGUAGUAAUAGUUCUAUAUCAAUAGAAGAUUCUAUACUGACUGAAGACCCUUUAUUCCGUGACAUGAGACGCAUCUCUAAAAUGUUUCCUGGCAGAGAUCAAAAUGAAAUAUAUGCUUUGCUGGAAGCUUACUACAAUAAAAUGGACAGGGUCCAGCUGGUGGUUAAUGAAAUAUUGACUUUAGAAAAUAAAGCCACUCAAAAAUCAGAUCUAUCUACAAGUGAAAACAUGACAGAAAACAAUACAAUUCCUAUUGUUGAAGAUCCUGUUGUUGAAGAAUUUGAGAGGCUUAAAAUGAUUUUCCCAGACUGUGAUCCUAACUAUAUUUACGAGAGACUUUCUGCAAUGACAGAGAGCAACAGAGCUAAUAUCUUAGUGACAGAAAUGUUUGAAAAAAAAAACUACCCCAAACUGAAAGACCUAAUAGAAGAGGACAUGGCUAAGCAGAGGAAACAAAAGGUUAAAAAUCUGAACUUGACAGCUGAAGAAUUUUUGCAGAUUUUCCCUAAACCUGUUGAAACAUUUUCAAAUAUCACCAAAAAUGUUUCUGAUCUUUACAAGACUCAUGCUGACAUACUUUUGAAGAACGAGUUCCCAAUGGUCAAAGCAAGUUAUAUAAACAGUGUUUUGCGGAAACACAACAGUCAUCUGUAUCCUGCUUAUCGAGAAAUAGCUGCCACAGUGUUAAAUACUCCAAUACAGCAAAGAUAUGAUCACAAGAAAUUCCAAAUGAAACAUAAGCGUUACAAGAUACUUAUGCCAGCGGUUAUUGACGAGUAUUUUUACCAUGAACUCUGGUUCACACGCAAUGAACAGAAAGUUGUAGAUUAUCCAAAAGAGAAAGAGUUGGAAAGAAGGCAAAAGGUUGAAGAAGCUAAACUUAAUGGUCAAAUUUAUGAAUGCUGCUGUUGUUUUGAUGAUGAAUGCUUAUUCGAGGAGUUGGCGAGCUGUCCUGAGGGUCACUUGUUUUGUAAAACCUGUGUCAUCAGAUCUACUGAGUCUGCUUUUGGGGAGAUGAAAGUAGUAUUUCCAUGUCUUGCUGGUGGCUGUGAUCAAAAUAUUUCAUUGAAUACACUCCAGACCAUUUUGCCCAGUAAUUUGUUUUCAAAAAUUAUCAGACGAAUACAGGAAGAAGAAGUGCAGAAGGCUAAUAUUCCAGAUCUAGUUACCUGCCCUUUUUGUCCAUUUGCUACGAUAAUGCCGAAUCCUGAAGACAAAGUUUUGAAAUGUUUAAAUCCAGAAUGUCUGAAAGAAUCCUGCAGGUUGUGCCAGGAACCAAAUCACAUUCCUUUGCGAUGCAACGAGGUGGAGAAAAAAGCAGAAACAGACAUGAGAACAUACAUUGAAAAUCAGAUCUCUGAAGCAGUGAUGAGGAAGUGCCACAGGUGUGGCAAGAAAUUCAUCAAAGAAACAGGCUGCAACAAAAUGACUUGUAUCUGUGGUGCUACAAGUUGCUAUGCAUGUAAGGCCAAGGAUAUUGAUUAUGACCACUUUAGAGGUCCACAAUGUGCUAAUACUAAUCCUGAGGCCAUACAUCAAAAGGACAUUCAAGAAGCUAUUGUUAAAGCCAAGGCUCAGUACAUUAAAGACCACCCUGAGGCUGCCAACUUGGAGUUAAAGAAAGACUUUAACGAAAUGAUAAAAAAACCCAAGAAACCAAAAAGAAGGUCAAGAUACAACUUUCAUUUUCAGCAGCAUCCCUUCGUGUUCAACAAUGUUCGUGUAUUUCUUGCUGAUCGUCCUGCAGUCCAGUAUGAUGACUCAUCAUCCGAGGAAGAGGACUUUACAGAUGAUGACAUCUUUACAGAUGAUGACAUCUUUACAGAUGAUGAUUUUAGUGAUGAGGAUGAAAGAUACUAAAUGCUGCAUGAAUAAUGUAACCCCUAAAAUAUAACCAAAUUUAUUCCUAUAUUAAAAAAUUAAUUUAAAUAAAUGAGGAUAUCUAGACGAUAGUAACUUGAAUCAAAUAAAAGUUGUGUUCACUGUCUCUUGUCAGAAUCGCUCAAAGUCACAAAAUAUAGAGGUUCAACAAAGUCAACAUUUUUCUCUUAUAUAUAUAUAUAUAUACCUUUAAUGUUUUGUUUCAUAUUUUUUUUACUAAGUCGGCAGCUCAACUCUGUGAUAUCAGUUGUGAAGAUGUCUCACAAACUAGUUAUUAAACUUCAGUAUUUGUUAAAGCUAGACACAAGGAUAAUAUUAUACAGAAAGAAAAGGGGGGCUCCUGAUGGUUUUGGUGAUUUGUUGUUUAAUUUGUUCAAUGAUUUAUAAAUGAAAUCAAAACUUUUUUAAAAGUAAAAUGUUUAGAAUCAAACUUUAGUUAGAAAUUAAUCCUAAUAGUGAUUAUAAACAUUCAACUAGCAAUAAUAACUAUGAACUUAUGACAAAGAUUUUGAUGCUGAAAACAUGAUUUUUAGCUUUAUUGAAAACUAUUUUAAAAUGUUAUUUUUAAAAAUAAUAAUUUAAAACAUCUUGGCUUAUAAGAAGGACUUGUUUUGUAUGCAUACAAAAAAUAAUUUUAAAGUGUUUUUUUUUUAUUUUUUUUAGGCAAACUAUUGUCAGUGCCUAUUCUAAAAUGUAACUAUGUAACUAAUCAUCUGGUUUCACAUUUUGUUUGCUACAAUAUAAAGGUAAUUUGAGAGAACUUAUUUUAUGAAUACAAUUUAAUUCUAUGGGUCCAUGUCUCAUUUUAUGUUUGGACAUGUUUCACAACAUUUGUGAUGUUUCAUAACAUUUGUGAUGAUGUGAUGUUUAAAAACAUAUGUGAUGAUUCAUAACACAUGUGAUGUACUGUUAAAUAACAUUUUUGAUAAUAUAAUGUUUCAUAACAUUUGUGAUAGUGCAUUGUAUUUGUGAUGCUGUCUGACAAAACAAGUCACUUGACACAAAAAAUUUGAGAGCUUGGUACAAAUGAAAUUGUCUCUAAAUGUAAUGAUGAACAAUAUUGAAAUGUCAACAUGUCAAAAAAGAUUAUAAUAAUAGAAAGAGCUUAUUCAAACUUAUUCCAUGGCCUUGUCUUGUAAACAUUGUCACAUUGACAUUGUUUUACUGACAAAAUUAUUGGCAUUUCUUUAAGAAAGAAAUGAAAACAUAUUUUCUAAUCUUCAUUAAUUUUAGCUCAUCAUCGUUGAAUUGGAUUUGAUUUGUUUAUUAUAAGUGCCAAGAAAGAGAUAUUUUAAAAAUUUGAUCUUUCUUCAAAGAAGGCUUUACUUUUUAAAACGAAUUUCUUAUUUAUCUUCGGAAAUCUUGUUUAAAAAAACAAAACAACUUUUAUAUAUGUUUUAUCCACUUUUAUACUUUGGUUGUUAUAAAAUAUUUUUAAAGUCUUGUAAAAUGAUUGAUCUAAACAAAAUCACUUCAUAUGACUAUUUUUUUUGGUUGAUAUUCAUGAAAUUCAAAAGUGCCAAAGUAACAGGAACAUAUGCUGACACAAAGCUACUUGGAGUCACUUCAGUUGUGCCUUAAAGCAGUCAUUCAAGAAAUUGUUGUUGUUUUGCAUGAAGUAUUUUAUAAUUGUUCUAGGUUUACAUCUUCAUAGAUUUCAAAUAUUUGUUAGGGCAAAAAUACAUUUCAAGAGAAGAGCGAUUUAUUUCGUUACAGAUCAAAAUAGCUUCAAAGGUAAUGUAAUGAAUAAUUUAUACAGUUAAAGGUUACUGUGAUAUUAACUCUUUCUCUCCUAACUGACGAUACCCGUGUUGAUUCCACCAGAUUGUGGUAAAUAAUUACGGAGAGAAAGAGUUAAUGACAGGCUAAUGGCCUUUUUAAAGUUGAGCCUGAAGCAUCACAUUUUGUUUUACUUUAUCCUUCUUGGCCUUUGAUUCAUUGGUUCUUGUUCCAUUCCAGAAUUAUGAUAAAUUAUGGAAGUAAAAAAAAAAACACCAGCAGUCUUUGAAUAUUUUUUACUGUUGAAGUAGCCUUUUUCAUUUAAGAUUGUUAUUUGAUUAUUUUUUCCUGUUUAAGUAAGUAACCUUUUUCAUUUAAGAUUGUUAUUUGAAUAUUUUAUGGGCUUUUUGUCAAAGUAGUCUGGAGUAUAUUGACACUUAGAACAUGUGGGUCUUAUCUAAUGAGAUAACAGAAAUGUUUUAUCUGCAGCUGUGUCUAAUAUGAUGAUGCUAAAAUUUGACUUGGUGUAGUUGACACUGUUCACCAAGACCCUUUAUAAAUCUGUUAGAUUGACCUUACUGCUACACAGU